AUGCUCGACUUCGACUUCAUCUGCAAGCGGUCGACCCCCUCCGUCGCCGCCAUCAUCUACACCUUUGGCGGCCAGUUCGUCAGCAAGAUGUACUGGGGAACGAGUGAGACGCUGCUGCCCGUCUACCAGGACACCAACAAGGCCAUGGCCAAACACGCAGACGUCGACACCGUCGUCAACUUUGCCUCGUCUCGCUCCGUCUACUCCUCGACAAUGGAGCUCAUGGAGUUCCCCCAGAUCAAGACCAUUGCCAUCAUCGCAGAGGGCGUUCCUGAGCGGAGGGCGAGAGAAAUCAUGGUACGGGCAAAGGAGAAAGGAGUCACCAUUAUCGGCCCUGCUACCGUCGGUGGCAUCAAGCCCGGUGCGUUCAAGAUCGGAAACACCGGCGGCAUGAUGGACAACAUCGUCGCCUCCAAGCUGUACCGCAAGGGAUCCGUUGCCUACGUCUCCAAGUCCGGCGGCAUGUCCAACGAGCUCAACAACAUCGUCUGCCAGACCACCGACGGCGUCUGCGAAGGUGUCGCCAUUGGCGGUGACAGAUACCCCGGAACCACCUUUCUAGACCACCUGCUGCGCUACCAGGCCAACCCAGAGUGCAAGAUCCUCCUCCUGCUCGGCGAGGUCGGCGGCGUCGAGGAGUACCGUGUCAUCGAGGCCGUCAAGAACGGCACCAUCACCAAGCCCGUCGUCGCCUGGGCCAUCGGAACCUGCGCCAGCAUGUUCAAGACUGAGGUCCAGUUCGGCCACGCCGGUGCCUCUGCCAACUCCGACCUCGAGACCGCCGUCACCAAGAACAAGUCCAUGCGCGAGGCCGGCAUCCACGUCCCCGACACCUUCGAGGACCUCCCCGACGUGCUCGCUGCCGUCUACCAGAAGCUCGUCAAGCAGGGCACCAUCAAGCCCCAGCCAGAGCCCGUUGUGCCCAAGAUCCCCCUCGACUACUCCUGGGCCCAGGAGCUUGGUCUCAUCCGAAAGCCCGCCGCCUUCAUCUCCACCAUCUCUGACGACCGUGGCCAGGAGCUGCUCUACGCCGGCAUGCCCAUCUCCGACGUCUUCAAGGAGGACAUCGGUAUCGGCGGUGUCAUGUCCCUGCUCUGGUUCCGUCGUCGUCUGCCCGCCUACGCCUCCAAGUUCCUCGAGAUGGUCCUCAUGCUCACUGCCGAUCACGGUCCCGCUGUCUCCGGCGCCAUGAACACCAUCAUCACCACCCGUGCUGGCAAGGACCUCAUCUCCGCCCUUGUCUCUGGUCUGCUCACCAUCGGCUCCCGCUUCGGUGGUGCCCUCGACGGUGCUGCGGAGGAGUUCACCCGUGCCUUUGACCGGGGUCUCUCCCCACGCGACUUCGUCGAUACCAUGCGCAAGGAAAACAAGCUCAGUAAGUUUAACUUCAACCUUAAUGUAACAUCCUUGCACAAUCCACAGUUACUCUAUAAAAAUAUAAAAAAAAAUAAAAAGGAGACCCCUGCUAAUUGUUUAGUCCCCGGUAUUGGCCACCGUAUCAAGUCCCGCGCCAACCCUGACCUCCGUGUCGAGCUGGUCAAGGAAUACGUGAUCAAGAACUUCCCCUCGCACAAGCUCCUCGACUACGCCAUCGCCGUCGAGACAGUCACCACCUCCAAGAAGGACAACCUCAUCCUCAACGUCGACGGCUGCAUCGCCGUCUGCUUCGUCGACCUCAUCCGCAACUGCGGUGCCUUCACCCCCGAAGAAGCCGAAGACUACCUCUCCAUGGGCGUGCUCAACGGCCUCUUCGUGCUCGGCAGAAGCAUCGGUCUCAUCGCCCAUUUCUUGGACCAGAAGCGCCUGCGCACCGGCCUCUACCGCCAUCCAUGGGAUGACAUCACCUAUCUCCUGCCUACCUUGUCCAAGGGCUCGUCGGCCGAGGGUCGUGUCGAGGUCAGCAUCUAA